UGAACACCAACUCAAUGGUGCCAGCUCCACAUUCAGCUCAUUCAAAGUACAAACGCCGCUCGAAUAGCACCGGAUACCAAAAGUACAUUUUUGUUAUUUCCAUUUCUAACUGAAGUACUAAAUUUCAAAAUUCUCUGAUAAAAUUUGUACAAGGAAAGUUAGAAAUUGAGUGAGGAAUUCGAAUAAAGGGGUGAAGCACUGAUUGGCAUUGACAACCAGACCAAUUGACAACAUGGGUGAUGCACACAAGGCCGAGUUGAAGGAGAUCUACGCUCUGUUGAACAAGGAAAACUCCUCGGGGGUCAUCACCAUCGAGGAUCUGGAUGCGGUGAUGCGGCAACUGGGGCGUCGUCCCAGUGCCGAGGAGCUGCGUGAGAUGGUCUUGGCGGCGGACUCCGAGGGCAGUGGAUCGGUGGACUUCCAGCGCUUCUGCCGCAUGAUGAUCCGCGCUGAGCGGGAGCAGGUGCUGCGCGAGUCCUUCCAGCGGUUCGAUCGCGACGGCGACGGCGUCCUCUCCGCCGAGGAGCUCCAGCUGGCCCUGGAGGAGACCCUCGAGGAGGAGCCCGACCGGGCGACCGUCCAGGAGAUGAUGCAGGAGGGCGACCCCGAGGGCACCGGGUUCAUCUCCUGCGCCAACUUCCUGCAAAUGGCCCUCAAGUACCAGAAGGACGAGUAGGAACGUUUAGGGAGGGGUUCCCAUCUGUAAUCAAGCUUGGCCUGCAGAAAAUUCCAUGUCCAUGGGCCCAAGUCCAGCCCAGAUAAAUCGCAAAAUUGAACAUUUCCCUGAAUAAAUGUGUGACACUUGUUGAAAACGGAAAA